AUGGCUGAUCGUCGUACUAACAUUCCAACUGAACCUUAUGGUACAAUGACUACGAAAACAACUGCACCAACACAUUCUGUACGAGAUGAAAUUCACGCAUCAGUUACUGGUAGUGGACCAUCAGCAUCUAUAGCAGCAGCAGCAGCAGCUGCAGCAACAAUUAUUCCUGAACGUCGUCAAUCAGUUUUUCGACGUUUAUCAAUGUCAAUGGGUAGUAGAAAAUCUUCAAUGUUACCUUUACCUAAUCAACCACGACCAAAUACAUAUCGUAUGGAACCCGAUAAUGAAUAUCGUUUUCGUCCUUAUCGUGUUCAACCUAAAGUACUUGAAAUAUUAAUAGAUCGAUUAAAAGAUAAAACAUAUGAUGAAGCAACUAUAAAUGAACUUGUUAAAGAUAUAACAAGAAAUGUUCAUCAAUUAAUGAGAAAUUUUCAGUUACCACGUUAUAAAAUUAUUGUUCAAACAGUUAUUGGACAAAAAUUUGGCGAGCUUUUACGUAUUGCAUCACGAUGUUUAUGGGAUCCAAAAACAGAUAAUAUGAUAUCAGUUAAUUAUGAAACGAAAGAUAUGAUUGCUGUUGUUACUGUUUAUGCUGUAUAUCUUGAGUGA